AUGAAGGCUGCAACUUUGUUAUUGGGAUUCGUUUCGGCGUCCCUUGCCGCAGACCUUCCGAUCGUGGAUCUUGGAUACGAAUUGCAUCAGGCAUUCUCCUUGAAUCACACAACGGGCCAGUACAACUUCAGCAAUAUUCGAUAUGCGGCUCCUCCGUUAGGUGACCUUCGCUUCCGGGCCCCCGUGGCCCCGGAGAAGAAUCGAUCUCACGUUCAGACCGGUCAUGUCGGACGCAUAUGUCCUCAGGCCACUCCGCUGUGGGAGACUGACAUUGAGCCAGCAUUCUUGCUGAGCUUGCUGUACAACACCACAUUCACCAAGUCGACCAACAUCUCCUCGUACAACUACACCGCUGAGAAGAUGGAUCCCCGGACCACCGAGGACUGUCUCUUCCUCGAUGUGGUGGUGCCGAAAAAUAUCUUUGAUCGGGCCCGCUCCUACACCAACAGUACCAAGCACAAGUCCUUUAUCCCGAAGAACAAGUUGGCCCCGGUGAUUGUGUGGAUCUACGGAGGUGGCUAUGUCGGGGGGGACAAGAGCGGCCAGGACCCGACAGGGCUGAUCAAACGCAGCCAAGUGGUCGGUGAAGCUUGGUGCUUUUGGCUGGCUUGGGGGGAAUCCAUCAAGGCCAAUGGUACCGCCAAUGCUGCUCUCUACGACCAGCGAUUCGGUCUGGACUGGGUUUACAAGAACAUCCACCUCUUCGGCGGUGAUCCUACCCGCGUGACUGUUAUGGGCGAAUCGGCCGGCGGUGGUUCGAUCAUGCACCAAAUCACAGCUUAUGGAGGCAACGCGGGUCCCUCGCCCUUCAAGCAAGCCAUUCUCCAGAGUCCCGGGUGGGUCCCCAUCCCAGAUGAGAAGCAACCCGAGCAAGUGCUGCAACAGUUCUUGCAGAUCCUCAACGUGAGCACUAUCGACGAGGCCCGCAAGUUGCCUUCUGACAAGGUCAUCGCGGCCAACGCCUAUCAAGUGGCGACCAAAUCGUCAUGGGGCUCUUUCAUGUUCGGCCCGGUGGUCGACGGUACCUUUGUGCCCAAAUUACCAGGCAAGCUCCUCUCAGAGGGCAACUUUGACCACAACUUGAAAAUUAUGGUGGGACACAAUGCGGAUGAGGGACUGGUCUUCACCCCGCCGGACAGUCGGGAUGCAAAUGGACUCACCAUGCAACUCAAACAGCAAUUCCCCUAUAUGAAGAAGAACGUCAGCGAUUACAUCGCCAACACCCUAUAUCCAGCCAAGUAUGACGGCUCCUACGGUUAUACUUCCCCACUCGCCCGCGCCGCCCUGGUCAUUUCCGAUCUCGUGUUUGUGUGCAACACCGACUACUUCAACCGCGCGUACGACAACCAGACGUUUGCGUACGAGUUUAGCAUUCCACCCGCCAUUCACGGCCAAGAUGUGGGAUAUACCUUCUUUAACAAGGGGUCCAAUUCUGGCAACGCGCUGCUCGGCAAGGAGAACAGUACCGUUGCAGAGACCAUGCAGGAUUAUUUCACCUCUUUUGCACAGUCCGGCAAGCCUCGGUCUCCGACGGGGCCCUGGUUCCACCAGUAUGGUGACAAGGGCAUGUUGAUGAACCUGAGUAAUACCGAGAUUGCGAGGGAGCGUGACCCGACUGAUAACCCUCGGUGUCGCUUUUGGCAGACUGCCGACUUUGCCGGAGAGGCAUGA